GCAAAAACGCUUAACGCCGAAACGGAACGACAAAAGCCAACGGCAGGCGACAGUGGCGCGACAAAAGCUACAAAACGACGCAAAAUUACACAAAAAAAAAAUAAAUAUAAAUAUAAAAAUAAAAUAAAAGAUAUUAUUAUACACGGGUACGAGUGAACAACUGUGCAGCAGCAGGAACAUCAGCAAUAGCAGACGACACGUCGUCGAGUGUAUGUGGUGUCUGUGUGUCGCGUGAAAAGCGCUUUUCUAUUUCAAGCCUCAAGUGCAGGCCCCCAAGAAGUGUCUGACUGCCUCUGCCUCGGCCUCUCUCUGAGGUUUUUGGUUGCAGCUUAAAAUCCUACGACAAGAAAAAUAAACACUUGACGCGGUUGUGUGUGUGUCUGAGUAAAUAAGAAAAUUUACAAGACAAUACGAAAAUUCGCACUAAAAAUCAAGCAAAAAAAAAAUUAAAUAAAAUAUACUGUAGAGCGAUCUACUGUUGAGAUACAAUAAUGCUGGCCAUCAAGGAGUGCCUGAUACGCGAAGGUGUCUUAAAUUUAGAUAGCCAUAGCCGUAACCAUAACCCCAUCGGGGGAUACCAGCAGCGAUACCAUCAGCCGCAAAUUCAGAUGCAAUACCAGCUGCAUGGCAGCAAAAGCAGCAGCAAUAUGGAUAUGCCCCGAUACUGCAAAACCAUUGCGGCCUCAAGUGACUUAUCCACAGCCCCAGCCACUGCCAAAACAAGCUGCCACAAGCCACAAGAAAAGUCGCAGACGCAGAUUUUGCCUUCGCCUGCUUCUGCUGCGACCAAAGGAAGAGUCUCUGAGGAUUCCAGUGGCGCCUCAAAAUCUAGUGGAUAUCGGGGACAGCAUCCGCACUUUCAUCAUCAUACAACGCCCGCGUACUACACCGAUCUGCAGCUAAGGAUUCACACGCCACAGGCCACGGAUGUGGGUGCCUUGAAUGAGAAUUAUCAGAGUGUUUAUGCAACGCCCAGCUGCAACACACAGCUGGUGGAGCAGCGUAGAUCGUUUCCCAAGAGUGCAACAGCAACGGCAACGGCAACGGCAACGACACCGACAACGGCAACACGUGCCACGUUUUUUCGUGGCGACGCUGCAUCGACACAAGACGCCACAAGACGCCGCCAGCGGCCGGGCAGCGAGGGCGGCAGUCGUUACUUCAAAUUCUCACCGGGAUCUGUGAGCCCUACAAAAGGUGAAGAAACGAGCAGCCAUCCCUUGAGUCAGUCCCCCACAAUCAUCAGCCCCAGCCACAGCACCACACGUACACGCACCACCAAUAGAAAUAGUUGUAGUAAUCCACCCGUAGAGACAGCUAGUCCUGUUCCUGUUCCUCUUUGUGCUCCUGCUCCUGCACCAACCGUAGUGAAUGCCACAACAACUGGUGGAGGCCGCAACAGUCGCCACAAGCAGCGGUUCCAUCAGCGUUCAAAGCGGGCGGUGCGCGUGCGCAGCGAAUCCCGUCCCAUCAGCGCCCUAUACGAUAUAAUAUGCAAGGAGAAGAAUCAGGACGAAGGCGACAGCACCACCAGCAGCAGCAGCAGCGGCAGCAACAGCAGCGGCAACAGCAGCAGCAACGAGAGGAAGAAGGAGCAACAACAGGAGGACAAGGACCCAAUAACCGACAAGCUGGCGACCUUUUGGCCUUUGCAUCAUCGCUUCCACUCCACUCCCCCACAAUCAAUGCAGAAGGAGCUGCCCCUGGGUGGCGCCACCACUGCCACUGCCACUAGUCUCACCCCAAGGCGUGGCGGCGUCGGGCAGCCGGAGAGCAGCAGCAGCACGGACUCGUUGCAUGCCCUGCACUCUAGUCACAAAUGCAUGAAUCUGGUGGCCGCCAAGGCCGCAUCGCUGCCGCCUCAGCCGGCACGACGCGUGGCACCACCUGCGCCAGUGCCAGUGUCGCAUCAUCAGCGUUUGGCCAGGAGCCUGGAGCCCUCGGCCAAAACGACAGCACCACCUCCGUCGGCGGACGUGAGGAACUACAAUGCGGGCAGACCCGUCAGCACGGAACGGCUGUUCGUGGAGCCACCAAAAGUCUCUGGGCAGGCAGUGCAGGAUUUCAAGCGUCGCUUGAUCAAUCAGGGGGAUGGACAGGAGGAUGGCGAGCCUUCGCAGGAGCAGCAAUUCGAUCAGGGCGAGGUCUUUGAUACCCUCGCACGCUGGCAGCAGGAGCUGACGUCUGCGGGCGACAAGAUUCAGCUGGUGAAUGGUGCCACAGAUGCAGCCACAGUCAAUGGCCAUCAUGAUCUUCACGAGCAUCAUCAUCACCUCCAUCUAGAACACGAUCAUCCGUCGAACAUUCAUCAACAAUCAUUGCCAUCAGUAGAACCAACUGUGACCAUACCCAAGCAUCAGAAUCAGCAUCCGCAUCAGUCGUCUCCUCAACAUCAGCACCCGCACCAGGCCACCAAUGCACGAAGAUUCAUAACGCGCACCACACGCUCCCACAGUCGCCAGGGAUCCGCCACUGGUGGCCAUCACACAUCGCCACCGCCACCGCUGCUAUCGUCCGCCUCCGCGAGUGCCAUCGGAUCGAGCACCGCCGUUGGCUACCACAGCGACUCCUCCUACAGUUCGCCCUCCCCCACCAGGAGACGGAAUAAGCCAUUGAUUGGCACCGGAACCCUAUCCACGGAUCCCCAGUCCUCGGCGAAUGGCAAUAGUUCUGCUUAUGAAACGGCAGCCACCACUGUGAUGACACACGGAACAGCAGUAAAGGCGCCUCCUCCUCCUCGUCAGCAGAAGCAUCAGAAGCAGCAUCGUGAUCAACAGCAGCAGCAGCAGCAGUUGCCGCUUGCCCCCGUUGAAGUUCCUAAGGCGGAAUCCAAGCCUCAACCUCCAACCGAGACGUCCAUCAUCGCCAUUGCCGCCUGUCCAGACACAGUCGCAGCCACAGCCACAGCCGCAACCACAGCCGCAUCUGCCGGUAACUCAGAUCUUUGA